AUGAUGAUGAAGUCGUUGAAGAAAAUGCCACCACUGCCUCCCCCACUGCUAGACGACGAGGUCGAACAGGAUCUUCUGCUAAUGCCAGCCUGGAAACAGAAAAAUGGACAGGAGAUUGUCUAUGUGGUAGGGUUAGCUUUCAAAACUGUCAAACCGGAAGCAACGCUAAAACUGCUACCUUAUAAGGAGGAUACCAAACUUGAAAUUGAGUAUAGAGUUGCCUUAUAA